UUUUUUUUUUUUGGUCAUUAGGAAUGGUGAUUCCAACCAAUAAGAGGUCAAAAUUGCUUUUAGAUCGCGCUCGUCGGUAUAGAUCUCCUAUGAAAAGUUUGGAGUCGUCCUCUUCAAUGUUCGAAAGUAGAACUCGGCGUUGUCUUCAUAGUGAAUCUUAUUGUUCUUUUUGUAAGGAAUACGAAAACCAUGUAUGUGUAGAUGAGGUAGACCGUGAUGUUCCUAUCCCACCAUGGAGUUUUGUCAUACCUGAUGAAGAUGGUGAUACAAUGACCAUUAAUAUACCAUCAGAUGUAAACAAAGGGAACCUUCAAAUUCCAGACCAUGUAAAAUGUGUAUAUAUUAUUUUUUUAUUAUUAUUAUUUUAAUUAUUUUUGAAAUUUUAUAUUAGUUUAUUUUUUUCAAGUUGGGGUGGCAAAAGUAAAUGCUUUGCUCACAAUGGUUGUUGGUUUGCAAAAUAUUUUGGUUACAAAGAUCCUUGAAUCUAGAGAUAGGUUAAAUGGUUCAAAUAAUAUUAUCCAUCAACUUCGUCGUCGUCUGGUUGGUAUAUCUUAAUUAAUUUCAAAAUUUUACAGUAUGAAACAUUAUCUGGUUGGUAUAUGUUUAUCUAAUUUUAUUUAUUUAUUUAUUGUUUUGUACAGCAACUAUGUGAAGCAUCUCAAAUAUCUGAAGACCAUAGUCAAGAUAUCAUUGAUAGUAGCAAUGUAAUCAAUAAAUAGGGAGAUGUGGAGUAGUAAUUUGGUUUACUUUUGUAUUUUUAUAUUGUUGAUCGAAAUAAGUUUGUUUAA